AUGCCUCCAACCACAGCAGCACGCAGGGCUCCCGCCUCCGCGCGCAUCGCCAAGCUCGGCCCCGUCCCGCAGACAAUCGAAGACGCCCUCGCCUCCAAAGAGGCUCGCCACUGGGAGAAGGCAAUCGACCGUGAAAUGGAGCAGCUCUCCAACAAGCAAGUCUGGACCCCGAUCACUGCAUCCCCAGGUGUCAAGCCGCUCGGCUCUCGCUGGCUGUUCCAACGCAGCGCCACCGCCCAAGGUAUCGAGUAUCGCGCUCGUGUGGUGGCCAAAGGUGGAGGUCUUCCCUCCAACAACUCGGUCGACACCAAAGCUCUUUCCGGGCCCAGUACAGACACACUCUUCUUCCUUCUCGCCUACGCCCACGACCACCAGCUGUAUGUCACUCACAUCCGCAUCGAAGACCCCUGCCUCUCCGUCGACCUGGAGCAGCCCGUCACCAUUGCCAUUCCGCCCCGCCAGAAGUUCCCUGGGAAGAACGCCUUCCUUCUUACCAAGGCCCUGUACGGACUCAAGACUGCUCCUGCGGCGGGGCGCCUGGCCAUCACUUGCGGACUUAAGGGCGCAGGUCUCCAACCCAUCGCUCAUGAUCCCAACCUCUUUGUCGACCACAAUGCCGGCUUGGUGAUCGAAGGCUACAACACGGCCAUUGCCAUGAUGUACGACGGUGGCGUCGUUGUUGCGGGUCCAAAGGGGUAUGGCCAAGACGUCCUCGAUGCCCUCCAUCAAUCGGGGCUUCAAGCGGUUAGAGGGCCUCAAGACCUCAUCUUUGGCCUCACAGUCCGCCGCGAUUCGCCUGAUCCUGACUGCAGUGACAGGUUCACCAUCAGCCAACCGCAAUAUGUCGAUCGCGUCGUCCAGCGUUUCAACAACGUCAUUGAGUAUCCCGUUCCUCCUUCGCCUUUUCCCACCCCGCAACUUACGACUGUGCUGAAGGCUUUUGCUGGUUGCAUGACCUGGUUGACUAGUACCUCACACAUGAGGUACGGCCACUAUGCUGCCGAGCUCGCCCGGAACGCUCAGCGGCAGCUUUCGCCCGAUGAGUGGCUCGACACCUGGGAGGAUGCGUACAACCUUCUCAAUUGGCUGAAAAAGGACGACGUCCGUAACUGUCAACUUCACAUUCAGCACACAGCUAUCGAUGGGGCUCCCAAGCUCUUCGCCGCCACGGCCCCCGACGGCGACGUGUUUCGCGUGAAUAUUUUUCUGCAAGGCGCGUCUAUCCAAUGGUACAGCCGCGGGUCUCAAAGCGCCCUUGACGAUGACGAGAUGCUCUGGUGCGGAAUUGAGGCGGCAGUCAAGAGCCUGAUUCACUGGCGCAGCAUCUUGCGCGAGAUUGAACCCGUCGACGAUACCCUGGUAGUUGUGUGCAAUACGGGCAGGAUGCCCUCUCGCUCCAAGGCCCUCAAGGAUGCCGUCGCCACCAUUCGCUUGAUGAAGGAGGAGGGAAUCGAGCUCAGAGACUUUCCCAGUGAGGACGAUAACGGACACGUGUGGUGUCCCUGUUGCUGCUCGCAGGGCGUUGGAGACGGUGAAUAG